AAGGUUGUGUUGCGGAGUCUAUUGUGAGAGUGUUCAUCGAUGGCAGUACUAUUUAUGUUUUGUCUAAUGUAAGUGCAUCGCAACGUCAGCCUCAGUGUCGCGAAAGGGUGAUAUGUGUUGUUUCGUGACGUGUAGAUAAAAGGGAGGUUUAAACGCUGAGAGAAAACCGAGAGAACUGCCGAUUCAUAUAGAUGAAGUGAUCUUACCAUGGGAGCAUUCUUAGAUAAGCCGAAAACAGAGAAGCAUAAUGAACAUGGAAAGGGAAAUGGUCUGCAGUAUGGACUGUCCAGCAUGCAGGGAUGGCGCAUUGAAAUGGAGGAUGCGCAUGCUGCUGUAGCAAAUUUGCCUGGAGAACUUAAGGAUUGGGCAUUUUUUGCUGUGUUUGAUGGGCAUGCAGGUGCUAGAGUUUCAUCGCACUGCUCAGAACACCUAUUGCAGUCCAUUACAUCUGGUGAAGAAUUCCAGCCAUCGCACAUAGCAAAAUUAGCAAAUGAAAGCGAAGACAAAACAAUUGACAGUAUAAAGAAGGGCAUCCAUGCGGGCUUCCUCAGGUUAGAUGAGUCCAUGCGACAGAUGCCAGAGGUUGCCAGCGGUGAGGAUAAGAGUGGAACCACCGCCAUUUGUGCCUUUAUAUCACCAACACACAUAUUUGUAGCCAACUGUGGCGAUUCAAGAGGGGUUUUAUAUCGAAAAACAGGUAUUGGUGUUAGUACACAAGACCAUAAACCUGUAAAUCCGACAGAAAAGGAGAGAAUCCAAAAUGCUGGAGGAUCUGUUAUGAUACAAAGAGUUAAUGGAUCCCUUGCAGUCUCAAGAGCACUUGGAGAUUAUGAGUACAAAAAUGUUGAAGGCAAAGGACCCUGUGAGCAGCUGGUAUCUCCUGAACCUGAAAUUUACGUCGAACGUCGCCAGAGUGAAGAUGAGUUUCUGGUGCUGGCAUGUGAUGGGGUCUGGGAUGUCAUGACCAAUGAGGACUUGUGCGCUUUUGUCCGCUCACGUCUCCUGAUCACAGACGACCUAGAAGCAAUUACAAACCAGAUUGUCGAUACUUGUCUUUACAAGGGUAGCCGAGAUAACAUAAGCCUAGUGCUGAUUACUCUACCGGGGCCACAAAUAUCCGAAGAAGCUAUAAAGAAGGAAAAGGAGUUGGAAGAACUCUUAGAGAAGAAAGUGACAGAAUUAUGCAAAACUGAAGGCAAAAUAGCUAUACCUCAGAUAAUGCAAGCACUCGCUAGUGAAGAAAUUCCUGGCCUUCCUCCUGGUGGAGGUCUAGCUUCCAAACGUGGUUUUAUAGAAGAUAGUGAUGCUUACAUUAAUGACUGUUGCACCUAGGGUUCUCUGAGGGUGCAAUUUAACAACCCAACGAUAAAAACACAAACAUUUAAAAAAAAGCGUUGACUGCUGAUGGUACAGUUUAUGCAAAUGUGCAGAAGCAUUCAACAGAUAUUUCAAGAUAGUGGACUCUGUGUCUGAGUAGUGUCAAGGAGAUUUCUAUGUAAAUAAGUACUUUGUAAAAGAAAGGGAAGCUUUUUAAUUAGAUUUGAAUAUUUUGUUAAGUAACAUCCUCUAGUUCAUUAGGCUAUAGUUUUUGAGAAAAUUAUACAUUGGAAAUGAUAAAGUUUUGGGUGAAGUCCACAUUUCAUUGAAUACAUACUGUAACACACAUUGUCAUGUUUCAUCUCUGCCUAUCUGCUUAAGAUCUCACAGAGUCCUCCAAUCUUGGCACAGAUAUUUUUGCAGUCAAAAGAUGUGCUAGUUUCAUAUGUGAUAGUUCUAAUGCUUUCUCCUUCUACCCCUCAUGAUCUUUGUUCUAGAGAUGUAAUGUAGAGGAUCUCCUUCAAUGGAAAACUGGUCAUACCUGGUGGUAAAAUAUCUCAAAAAAACUGAUCAAGGGUAAUAAGAAUUUGUAGGGUCAAGAAGUCUCUCUAAUAAUGGAUUCUGAAGUACACUUAGUGUGGUAUAAUUAAGUUACCAAAUUUUAAAAUUCACAUAGUUUCAGUUCCUGUUAAAUAUUAAGUGGAAGUGUGUUGAGUAGUUCCAACAUCAGCAAUCUUUUUUUUAUAGAUUAUACUUAAAGUUCAAGUUCAGUAUAAUUUAUCUUUUUGAAGUUCUGAACAUUCAAUUUAUUUUGGCUAACUGUCCCAGGUAAGAGCAGAAUUCCUCUGUAUAUUACAAAUCUGAAGUGAUUCAGGAGAUUGCCAAGUUUUUCAAUGUACUCAAGAGUUAAUGCUUUAAAAGUAGAAUAUAUAUAUAGGAAUCUUUAUAUAUUUCUUUCCUUAUAUUGUCUACUUUACCAGUAGGCUUCUUGGAUGCAAUUUUUUUUCAUAUAUAAUAAGGAAAGUUGUAGACUUGAAGAGCAGUGAAACUUUAUACAAGGCACUUGAGAGGCAUUGAAUUACUGGGAUGUUUCCUGCAUACUGCCCCGACUGUCUUUUGAAGGAGGAGUGUGUCAAAGAAUGUACUGUAAUGAUAUGUUAAAACAGUUCAUAUGUUUUAUGCUUUUCUCUGCGUACACCUACAUUUCACCAAACUGAGAAGUGAUGAAAAUGUUUGUAGAUAAAUUUGAUGAUUGGUUAACAUUAUGUAUUUCAUAUCCAUGAAACUGAAUAUUUGUAUAAUAAUAGCAGCUUCAUGUGCCCUUUUUGUGGUGUUAUGAUCAUGUAGAGAUUCUAGUUCAUUUGCCCAGGAAUAAUUCUUAAUUUUCCAGUUAAUUUAACUUAAAAUGGCCGGUUAUUAUCAAACAAAAAGUUUCUUUGUGGGGUCCCUUUAUUAUAUUAAACUAAAUAAUGGUUGGUGCAUACUAGAGAAAUCAGACAAUUUCAGAAUUUCAUUUUGUUUCUGUCUGUAUUGUUUAUGCAGAUAAGAAAUUAAAACCUGAAAUAAUUGUUUGUCUAGUCAUAAUUAGUAUUAUACUUUUAUUAAGUGCUAGUGUGAUUUGAUUUUGUUAUUGCUACUGUUGAAUACCAUAAAUAAUAAAAUCAUUGUUUUUGAUCCUCUAUCAAAAGAAUAUUUUUUAAUACUGAUGGGAGUAAUUUUUUCAGUAUUAUUCAUCUAUUGGGAAUAUAGGCUCUAAUUAACCAGUGUAAAAUUUCAUGGUUAACAAGAUUGCAAAUUUCAUGUUAUUGAAUCAAAUUUGAGACUAACCAUUAGAAAAAUUAAUUUUUUUUAACAAGUAAAAAUGGAUAAGAAGUCUUUUGGCAAAAGAAUUAAAUUUUCUUUUACUAAAUAUGUAAACAGUGGUAGUUAGAAAAUGCUUCACAGGUAUUGUGAUUUUAAGCAGAUACAAUUAAUGGAUUUCAAGUCUGCAGAUGUAGUAGCGUUUUCAAAAUAUUCAGUCUAUGGGAAAGGCUUGCCUGCACCAGCUUUUUAAUUGUAUUACCAUAUACAUAGAAAGUGAUAUCCAUUUUCAGAGAACUAUCAAUGACUUUUUGUCAGGAAAAAUAUUUAUUUUUAUAUAAAACUUGUAUAUGAAAAGAGCUGUUUUACAUUUAUAGGGGUAGUGUUUCAGAUCAGAAAGUUGUUGAUCUAUAUAUUCUAAAGGAACUUCACAAAGAUGAUUUGUUUUGCAAUUAUAAUAUUACUAACAAAAUGAACUGUAUAUAUAUGUAAGGAAAAUAUUUUUAUGACAGCACAAACUCUUUUGGCAUUUCCAGGUGAAAAUGAUUUCAUUCAUAUUGGUUGGCAAUAGUUUUUAAGUUUUCCUUGGUGUUGUACGAGCUCAGGAAAAAGUACCUUUUUAAUUGGCAAAAAAUGGGCAUAUGAAGGUUGCUACAGACAUAUUUUGAUUUAUCUUUUUUAUCCCCUAGUUAGUACUUGUUGUCUUCUUCCUCUUUUUGUUGUCUGAAACAAUGGAUGUUAAAAAGUUUCCACUUGAUUUCAACUCUAUAGAUUUGCCAUACUAUAUUUUAGUUUUUUUUUUUUUUUCUUUUUGUUAACCGAAGUAAAAGAAUUUUUUAAAAUUAGAUAAUUUCCCUCAUUUGCCCUACUUGUUCUUUCAUUCAGUAAAUUGUAAAAUCGAAUACAGUUGUCAGCAGCCCCUCCAGAUUGUCAAGUCAUGAUUGAUUAUGAGUAAUAAAAAAAAAAAUUCACAAUACACAACUUACGGGGACUGGUUUUACACACAAUUUUUUUUUUUUCUAUGGUCAUUCCAAGGUACUAUUAUGUUGGCUCUCUACAGAUCUCAAAUCAGUAUAACAAAUAAAAAUUUGUGAAAUGUCCCAAAAUUAAGAAGCAUUUUAAGUGAAUAUUUCAAGAUUUGAA